AUCACCUCCUACAAAUUUCCCCAAUCUUCUGAGUUUUGUCUCGCUCUCUGUAAAAUCCUCAGAGCCUUUCCCUGUCUCUCUUCUGACCCAAUGACGACAAUCAGUCUCCGCAAGGGCAACACUCGGCUCCCCCCGGAAGUCAACCGGGUCCUCUACGUUCGAAACCUUCCAUUCAACAUAUCCAGCGAGGAGAUGUACGAUAUCUUCGGCAAAUACGGAGCCAUUCGCCAGAUACGCAUCGGAACCAGCAAAGAAACACGCGGCACCGCCUUCGUUGUCUACGAGGACAUCUACGAUGCCAAAACGGCGGUGGAUCAUCUCUCUGGUUUCAACGUCGCGAAUAGGUAUUUGAUUGUCUUGUAUUAUCAGCAGGCGAAGAUGAGCAAGAAGUUUGAUCAGAAGAAGAAGGAAGAGGAAAUCGCUAGGAUGCAAGAGAAAUACGGCGUUUCUACUAAAGAUAAGUGAAAACAUAUAUGGGUUUAGGUUUUUUUUUUUUUCAAUUAUGUUCAUGUUUGGAAUUGUAGGGUUUUGUAUGAACAUCUGAAUUAAUGGCUUAAUAUAAUCGCAAAUGUUGCUCGUUUGUGUUCGUUCAAUAAUUAUACGUUGUUUAUUCUUGUGCUGGGACAAGUUUAAAUGUGAUUUGGAAUUAUUAUGUUUUAUGGCUUUGAAGUUUUUGCAA